GUCCUUUCCAAGGAAUGGGAUUUAAUGACCUUUGAUGUCAACCCAGAUGACAGCAUGAAGAAAAUCAGUGAACAUGUCUGUUCUAAGACCAAGGUUCCUGUGCAGGACCAGGUUCUUCUGAUGGGGUCCAAGGUCCUAAAGCCACAGAGAAGACUCUCAUCUUAUGGCAUUGACAAGGAGAAGACCAUCCACUUUACUCUGAAAGUGGUGAAGCCCAGUGAUGAGGAGGUGCCCUUGACUCUCAUGGAGUCAGGUGAUGAGGGGCAGCAGCACCAGGUGUGAAGAACAAGCUCAGUGGCAUAGGUGAAAGCAAUGAUCGAGACCAAGACAGGUGUAACCCCUGAGACCCAGAUUGUGACUUGCAAGGAAAGAAACUGGAAGAUGGGAGAAGAUGGAAGAUUACGGAAUCAGAAAGGGCAAUUUACUCUUCCUGACAUAUUAUUCCAUUGGAGGGUGACCACCCUGGGGACUGGGUGUUGUUGGGGGCCAAAAAGCCUAUUUCUUUUAAUCUCUUACUCAAUGUCCACAUCCUUUGAUGAUUUCCCAAAAUUAAUGAGAAUGAGAGGAGUAGGGUAAGAUUUGGGUGGGAUGGGUGGGAUGAAGAAUAUUGUCCAACUCUAUGUUUCUUUGAUUCUAACACAAUUAAGUGGCAGGAUAUUUAAAAUGUAUUACUGAGAAUAGAAAAUAAUUUUU